UUUCUGCUAGUCGAGAUAUCAAAAAGGCAAAAUACAUGAGAGCUGUUUGUUUCACCAAGGUCACGGCUCUGCUUCGAUUUCUACUUUUCUGUACAAACGCUCGCGUUUAAUUUACUUUGCUGAACGUUUUUUGGUGGGAAAAGAAGGCAUCAAUAUCGAAGUAAUUCCUUAAUAAUCAGAAUCAACGGCAGGUGUGAAUUCAUGUCUGUAUAUUCUCCCCAAAUAUACUGCCCAGUGUUUAUGCCGAGCGGAGACAUGACUGAAGUGAUGAUCAGCAGCACCCCCAUGGAGGACAUGAGGCUCAGCCCCAGCAAGGACCGGCUCUCCUUCCAGAUCUUCCCGGACCCCUCGGACUUCGAGCGCUGCUGUAAACUGAAAGACCGCCUGCCGUCCAUCGUAGUGGAGCCCACGGAGGGGGAAGUGGAGAGCGGCGAGCUGCGUUGGCCACCGGAGGAGUUCAUUGUCAGUGAGGAGGAGAAGGAGAACCAUGGCAAAAGCCAAACUGGCCAGCCGAUGCAGAACAACCAGCACUAGAGGCCAAACGACAGA